GUGAGUUACAGGCUUUCGCACAGACACAGAGAAACCUACAGACAUGGAAAGUUUUGUGGAGGAACCAGUCAUAGACCUUGACAACACAGGCUUGUGAUGGAAUUCUAUUUCAUUUCUGAAUAUUUUUAAUUAUUUUAUUUUUAAUGAUGUUUUUCAUUUUUGCUUAUUUUCUUACUUCCACUGAUCAUCUGGACUCAGACAUCAACUGUUAGAGAAGAUUAUAAUCUAUACAUUUAGAUUUUCUUUCUUUAUUUUUUUUUCAUCCAGAGUGAAAAAAUGUCUUUUUUCCUUAACCAGAAAACAAUGUUUAUAUUUUUAAUAUCAUGGUCACUGCUAGAAUUGCUGAGCGCUGUCGAGGUUUCUUUAAUAACAACAACAACGAGUAAAGCUCCAUCUCAGCGUCCACCUCACAAUCCUGCGUCGGUUCCCGAACCAGAGAAAACUACCUUACCCAUGUUUGUUGUAAAUUACCCUCGUAUUCAGAUUCCGUUCGAGAUUACAUUAUGGGUGUUACUUGCUUCAUUUGCGAAAAUAGGUUUCCAUGUGUAUCAUAAAAUCACCAUAUGGAUACCAGAGACCUGUUUGCUGAUUGCUGUUGGGCUUAUAGUGGGAGGUAUCAUGCACUCUGUACACGAGGAGCCCCCAGCUGUCCUCACCUCCAGUGUCUUCUUCCUCUACAUGUUGCCACCUAUCGUUUUGGAUUCGGCUUAUUUCAUGCCCACUCGCGCCUUUUUUGAGAAUAUGGGGACGGUGAUGUGGUUUUCUGUUGUGGGGACCUUGUGGAACUCCAUUGGCAUCGGCAUCUCUCUUUUCGGUAUAUGCCAGAUUCAGGCCUUUGGAGUUCAGGAUAUCACCCUGCAAGAAAACCUGCUGUUUGCCUCCAUCAUUGCAGCUGUGGACCCUGUGGCAGUGCUUACUGUGUUUGAGGAUGUCAACAUCCAUGAGCAGCUUUACAUUGUAGCGUUUGGCGAAUCCUUAUUUAAUGAUGCUGUCACUGUGGUACUAUAUAAUCUCUUUAAUCAUGUAGCGAUUUUGCCAGUGCUGGAUGUGGCAGAUGUGUUUCUGGCUGUGGCACGUUUUUUUGUGGUAGGCCUUGGAGGAAUUCUCUUUGGCUUGUUUUUUGGCUUUGUGGCCUCUUUUACUACACGCUUUACAUGGAAGGUCAGAGAGAUUGAGCCUCUCUUCAUUUUCAUGUAUAGCUACCUCUCCUACCUGCUGGCUGAGCUGUUAUCCAUCUCCAGCAUAAUGGCCAUUGUGACCUGUGCCUUGACCAUGAAGUACUAUGUGGAAGAAAAUGUGUCCCAGCGCUCCUGCACCACUAUUAGGCACACCAUCAAAAUGCUUGGCACAGUGACAGAGACACUUAUCUUCUUCUUCCUGGGUGUUGUUACCGUAACUACAGACCACGAGUGGAACUGGGGUUAUGUCCUAUUUACUCUGUUCUUUGCCCAACUCUGGAGGACUCUAGGUAUCCUGGUAUUGACACAGAUAAUUAACCCCUUUCGCACCAUCCCCUUCAACUUCAAAGACCAGUUUGGUCUGGCUUAUAGUGGCCUUAGAGGAGCUAUAACAUUUGCCUUAGUUUUCACCCUACCAGAUACUAUUCUUCGUAAAAAGCUUUUCAUCACCACCAGCAUUACCAUCAUUAUCUUCACAGUCUUUGUCCAGGGUAUCAGUAUAAGGCCAAUUAUUGAACUGAUGAAUGUCAGAAAAACAAACCGGGAUCUCUGCACCAUUAAUGUUGAGAUUCACAAAAGGCUGAUGGAACACACCACUGCAGGGAUAGAGGAUCUCUGUGGACACUGGAAUCAUCACACAUUAAAAGACAGGUAUACAUGAGACACCUGACUGAGAGAUGACGUUGUAUUACAAGAAAUACAUGCUAAAGCAUGGGUCGCAAAUAACUGUAUGACUGUAUAAGUCUGUAAGGCUUGGACUGAAGCAGUUUCUUAAUGAUGCUUAUUUGAUUUUCAUUGAAUUACAGUAUGGUUAGGGAUAGUACAUAUGUUUUUGUUAGUACAUAUGCUUUUGUGACACUCUUUAUUGUCUCUGUUACUUACAUUUGUUUAGUUUUUCCAAUAUAUCUAUUCAUUUUUAGAUAAGAGUCAGAUAUAGUUUGUAUGACAUUUAUUUUCUUAUGUAAAAGAGCAUCAUAUAUUUUUGCUUAGCUUCCAAUGAUGUUCUCUCAAAAUGUAAGUACAUGGAUUUAAUGAUAUUUUGCAUGCGAGUUCUUACUCAUGACCAACUUAAGGUGAAAUAUAGCUUGUUU